UUUUGGUUAAUAAUAUAAUCCCUAAAAUUUCUAUUUUCAAAAAUGUCACAAUCCAGUUCCAAUUUGAAUAAGCAAAAAAAUUUGUUUCUUUAUUAUGAAAAUUACUGCUUGUUCUGUUCCACCGUCAUUUUGAGGCUGAGAAACCAAGUUCUUGCUUCUUUAUCCUCUUCUCCUUUCUAUAAUCCUUUGCCAUAGCCAAACCCUAGCUUGAAGAAGAAGAAGAAGUAGCUUUGUUGUUUGUGAGGUUUGAAGGGUUCUCAAGAAACAGGGGACUUCUUUGAGCAUGUCAUUGUCUCAAUGCGACUCCAUUCUUUGUCCAGUGAUUCUCCCAUUUCUUCCCCUGACUCUAAACCCAAAUCCCCAAUUUCUAAUUUGAUUGACUUCACUUUGUUGCUUUCAGACGAGCUUCUUCUUCGUGUUUUCUCCAAAUUGCCUGAUUCUCAAAGAAACUCCAACUUUCUUGUUUGCAAGCGUUGGCUUUACUUGCAGGGUCGUCUUGUACGGUCUCUUAGGGUUACGGAUUUUGAAUUUCUUCUCUCGGGUAGGUUGGUUUUGAGGUUUCCUAAUCUUAAUCAAGUGGAUUUGGUAUCUGGGUGUUGGGUUUCUUCUAGGAAUUCGAGUAUUUUGUUGAGUCAUGGUGUUCUUUCGAUGCAUAUUGAUCCUUGGUUUUUGCUCUGUUCGAAUGUUGGUGACAAUGUUGUAUUGGAAAGUGUGUUGAUUGAUAGAGGGUUGAAGGUUUUAGCCACUGGUUGUCCAAACUUGCGCAAAUUGGGGCUUGUUGGUGGUAGUGAAUUGGGGUUGUUGAAUGUGGCUAAGGAAUGUGAGCUUUUGCAAGAACUUGAACUGCAUAAGUGCAGUGACUGCAUUCUUCAAGGAAUUGCUGCGUUUGAGAAUCUUCAAAUACUGAAGUUAGUUGGGAGUGUUGAUGGGUUCUUUACCUCUUUGGUGACAGAUAUUGGGCUGACUAUUGUAGCUCGAGGCUGUAGAAGAUUAGUGAAGCUUGAGCUUAGUGGGUGUGAAGGGAGUUUUGAUGGGAUUAAAGCCAUUGGGCAGUGUUGUCAAAUGUUGGAGGAAUUGACACUUUGUGAUCAUAGGAUGGAUGAUGGCUGGCUGGCUGGGCUUCCAUAUUGCGAGAAUUUGAAGACUUUGAAGAUCAUGUCGUGUCAGAGGAUUGAUGCAAAUCCUGGUCCGGAUGAGUAUUUGAGCUCCUGUCCUGCUCUUGAGCGGCUGCAUUUGCAAAAUUCUCAAUUGCGAGAUAAAGUAAGUGUAAGGGCUUUAUUUAUGACUUGUGGGGCUGCAAGGGAGAUUUUGAUCCGGGACUGCUGGGGAUUGGAUGAUGACAUGUUCAGCUUUGCAAAUAACUGCUGGAGGGUGAAGUUACUUUUGCUUGAAGGAUGUUCGUUGUUAACGACUGAAGGAUUGGAAUCUGUAGUUCUCCAGUGGAAGGAGCUUCAAAGCCUCGAAGUCAUAUCGUGUAAGAAUAUAAAAGAUAGCUGCAUCUCUCCUGCUCUUUCUGAAGUCUUCUCAGUUCUUAAGAAUUUGAAAUGGAGGCCAGAUACCAAAUCACUUCUCUCGUCGAGUCUGAUCGGGACUUGUAUGGGAAAGAAAGGUGGGAGGUUUUUCUAGCAAACAUGAGAUUGGACUUGCUACAUGGUGUGCUUAGAAUGUCCAUGUUGCAACUGUCAAUUGUUAGCUCAAACAUACAUAGCAUAGUGGUUUAUAUAAUGAAGAUAGGUGGUUAGAUUAGAUCUUCAAUAAAAGAAAGUACAUUUUAGUUUCCAGUAUCACUUAGAAACUAACCUGACCCCCAGUUCACGUAAUUGCUAGAACUUUGACUUUCCAAGAGCAUAGUAAAGUUUAGCUACAUUAUUAAAUGAUUUAGCAAUGUUAUAUGCCAAUUAUUGUACUGGGGAUUAUUUGAAUUGUAAAGAAUUGUUCUUCUAGUAGGGAAAUGCACAAAUGCAAUGGAUUGAUCCUUGGAACAUA